AUGCGACGCCACUUGAAGGUUUGGUUCGAGACCAGAAAAUCUCGUCGUCAAAAAGAAAAAGUCGCUCCCACACCUCAGAUGCCAUGUCUUACAAGCCCGCGCCCACGCGUGUUGACACCAUCAUCUUCGGAGCAAAAUCUCUCGCUACCACUGCAGAGCUCCCCACUAUUCAGCAAGUUGCCAACCGAAAUCCGGCGACAAAUCUUGGUUUUUGCCUUUGGAGAUCGUACUGUGCAUAUGGAUUUGGUCCUUGAGCACCCUACCAAGCCAGGAGCAAAUAGCUCGGGGCAAGAUUACCGGCAUGGCAAUUUGAGCACACGAUACGGUCAAACCCUCGACAGAAGCCAACCUCAUAUUUGGAAGUGGAAAGGUUGUGUGUGCCAUCGGGUGGUCACACCUCAAUACCGAAAAAUAUUACAGUCUGACGAAUGGGUGCCCCAACCAGCUGAUGAUCAUUGCUGCUCUGGAGAGGCAGACUUUUGCCGGAUGUGGACUGAACAUUACGGGACUAAUGAUGCGUGCUUUAUUGGCGUCAUGGGAUGGCUAUUAGCUUGUCGACAAUCAUAUGCUGAAGGCGUGGAUGUGUUGUACCACACUAACACCAUACACAUGUCCAGCAAGGACUUGAUUUCUAAUUUGCCGAAUCUUAUUCUCCCACAGCGUCUUUCUAUGAUGACUUCACUCGAGGUAGUGUGGUUGAUAGACUCGGAGAUACGGUCGAGAGUAUCAGUCCCGCAGCACAGUGACCUGAACCAAAUUCUCUCGAUUCUCGACACACAUUUUCCUAAGCUCCAACGAUUGAACCUCGCUCUGAAAUUGAAACUAUAUGACAUACUUCCUGUGGAGAUGGAAGAAAUGGUCAAGACUUUGGACUUGUUUGUCGCCCGUCGCGGGCAAUACCUACAGGAACCAAUCACGGUUUCCCUUGCAAGCUGGGCAUUUGAACAGCUGGUUAGAGAGGUCUAUAGGAUGGCCAUGGAAGAGAGGGGUUUGGAUUCAUUCAAGUCACAAAGCUGGCUACGACACAAAGUAUGGCACUACUUGGAUGGCAGCGAACUUGGCCGAUGGGCUUAA